GUCCAGCCUUUUCCCUUACGGACCGCUACGGGUGCACCUUUAUCCCCGAUCGGAAACUGUUUUGUUUUUGUUUGUUUGUGUGUGUGUGUGUUGUAAACAAAACCCCGGCGCGCCGAGCCCUUCUCCCCAACCGUCGUUCGGCCCUACGUCGUAGACGACGGGUCCACUUCCUGGUUCGCCGCAGGUGAUUGUCUUGCUGGUGAAGAUGUCAGUGACUCCACGGCGUGUCCGUCUGAAGCCCUGGCUGGUUGCCCAGGUGGACAGUGGGCUCUACCCAGGCUUGAUGUGGAUUGACAGGGACGCCAUGCGCUUCAGAAUCCCGUGGAAACACGCCACACGUCACACGCCUCAGCAGGAUGAAGGAAACACCAUAUUUAAGGCUUGGGCAGUAGAAACAGGAAAGUUCCAAGAGGGGGUUGAUGAACCAGAUCCUGCGAAAUGGAAAGCUCAGCUUCGCUGUGCGCUAAACAAAAGCCGUGAAUUUAACCUCAUCUAUGAUGGGACCAAGGAGGUACCCAUGAAUCCCUUGAAGAUAUAUGAUGUCUGUGACAUCCCACAACCCCUUAGUAACCCAGGAUCUUCUGACGCUGGUUCGUGGACACCAUAUGAGGAAGAAGGUGGUGAAGAUGAUGUCCCUAAUACUCCAGAGUCUCUUCCUCCAUACCCAUCCAAUGGAACCAGCCCUUCUCCUCUUAUCAUGUGGUCUCCUGCUGGCUCAGAGUCAUCCUUGCAGCCGCCAAGUUGUCCCCCUUCAGUGGAGGUGUGGCCCAAAAAGGAACCUACUGAAGUCUGGCCGAAAGAGGAGCCUGUGGAUGUGGAAAUGCAGCCCACUAAUCUGGUUGAGUUACCCCCCGCUCCUCUGCCCGAUCCCAUAAUGCAACACCCUCCUAUGUCUGAUGUACUUUUUGCCUCUCCAGAAAUGUGGAUUAGCUCCCUCCCAAUGACGGACCUGGAGGUACAGUUUCUGUAUCGGGGGAAAGAGAUGUGUCCUUCGAUGACGGUCAGUAACCCCCAGGGCUGCAGGCUUUUCUACGGGGACUUGGGUCCCAUGGUCAACCAGGAGGAGCUGUUUGGUCCGGUAAGCCUGGAGCAGCUACGGUUCCCCACCACAGAGCACAUAACUAAUGACAAGCAGAGGGUCUUCACCAACCGCCUGCUGGAUGUUAUGGACCGUGGCCUAAUCCUGGAGGUCAGCGGCCACGAUAUCUAUGCAGUCCGUCUCUGCCAGUGCAAAGUGUACUGGUCCGGUCCCUGUGCUCCAAACCCCGCUGCACCGAACCUCAUAGAGCGCCAAAGGAAGGUGAAGCUGUUUUGCUUGGAGUCUUUUCUCAGUGGUGUGAUAGCCCACCAGCGUGGCCAGACUUCCAGCCCCCCUCAGUUUGACAUCAACCUGUGUUUUGGGGAGGAGUGGCCUGAUGGUCGGCCCCGGGAGAGGAAACUCAUCAUGGUUCAGGUGAUUCCAGUGGUGGCACGGAUGAUAAGCGAGAUGUUUUCGGGAGACAGCACAAGAUCCUUUGACAGCGGCAGCGUCCGCCUGCAGAUUUCCAUCCCAGAUAUCAAGGACAACAUAGUGACCCACCUGAAGCAGCUCUAUCGCCUGCUACAGAACCACCAGGGCCAAGACGGCUGGCCUGUGCCCCCCGGGCCUGGCCUGACUCUCACCCAGGCUUUGCAGGCCCAGUAAACCCGAUCUCCACCGGGGUCAAGCUGGAAGGAAUCUAGUCACCGGUAUCUGUCACCUCAUUCCUGAAAGAGGCCUUUAUUUAGCAGAGACAUGCUUCUGUGUAAUUAUAUUUAGAGGUAUGCCCACUAUGGCAUCUACGUGCAUUCAACGCCUCUCCAAUACGUGUUUGUCUGCAUAGAAAUAGUGCUCCUGGGUAGUGUGCCUUGCAUCUGGUGUGCAGGAAAUACAGAAGGAUUUAGUGACUGCAAGGGCCAAAGUCCUGCUUGCUGCAAGACAACAUUUAACGUAGUUAAUGACUUACAGACAAGGUCUAUUUAUGUCACGUGGGUCGGCGACUAGUGAACCACAGCGGUGCAGGAGUCUUCCUGCCGCUUGUUGUUCAUAAUAUCAUUUAGCGAAUGUAAAUGUUUUCAAGUGCGGUGUUAUUUUGGAAAAAUUGUGCUUUAUUUUAGAAAAACAGCAGCAAAGACGAGCUACACAAAGAUAUACACAGACAUUUUUGCUCCAGCCAUUUAACUGAUUACGGUACUUUCUACCACCCUCGCUGUGUAAGAAGCCAUUUUUUUGUGAAAGCGUGUCAAGGGCUCAUCCAAGUUUAUCCUUUAUCCUACAAAUUGACCCGUCUUUUAGCAUGUCAGCCAUUUUACGUGAAAUUGUUUCAUUCUAUGUCCCUUUUUUAUCUGUAUUUCUACUUUCCGCCAGCUGGAUUUUUAUAUUUCACCUUUAUUGGAUAGUAAGAGAGGAUGACAUGCAGCAAAGGGCCUGGGCCGGAUUCGAACCCAGGCCGCUGCGGUAAGGACUCAGCCUUAUGUGGUUUUCCUCCACCAGGUGAGCCACCAGGGCGCUGCCUGUAGCUGGAUAUUUUUAUAUGAAUUUCUUUACGCAAGUGUUCAAGGCUGAUUUAUUUAAUUCGGACAACGCCAGUCGUAAACCUGGUAUGAAUGGAUCACACAAGACCUUGGGUGCUGGAUAGUCACUUUUACCCUUUUGUGUGUGUUUUUAUUUUAUCAAAUAAAUGUAAUAA